AUGGCAAAACCGUGUUUGCCCUGUUUCUCUGCGGCUUUUCUUCUUCUAACUGUAAUCACUCUUUCAUCGGCACAAACUCCAGAUUCCUCGUCACUCUACAACAAUUUCCUUCAGUGUCUCACACAACACACAAAUUCCUCAACCCAACUCUCCAACAUAGUCUUCGCCCAAACUAAUCCUUCCUUUCCCACCGUCCUCCAAAACUACAUCCGAAACGCGCGUUUCAAUACUUCUCAAACGCGCAAGCCAUUACUUAUCGUCACUCCCCUCCAAGAAUCUCACGUCCAGGGCGCUGUAUUAUGCGCCAAAAGCGUUAAGGUUCAACUCAAAAUCAGGAGUGGAGGUCAUGAUUACGAGGGUAUCUCGUACAUCUCCGAGGAACCCUUUAUCAUCCUCGACUUAUUCAAUCUUCGCGCAAUCACGGUGGACAUAAAAAACGAGGUUGCAGUUGUCCAAGCUGGUGCCACGUUGGGGGAGGUUUAUUAUAGGAUUUGGGAGAAGAGUAAAGUUCAUGGAUUUCCUGCAGGGGUGUGUCCCACUGUUGGUGUCGGUGGGCAUUUCAGUGGAGGAGGAUAUGGUAACAUGAUGAGAAAAUAUGGCUUAUCUGUUGAUAAUGUGAUUGACGCUCAAAUUGUUGAUGUGAAAGGAAAUGUUCUUGAUAGAAAAUCCAUGGGGGAGGAUCUAUUUUGGGCUAUUAGAGGAGGUGGAGGAGCGAGUUUUGGUGUCAUAUUAUCGUUUACUAUAAAGCUGGUUCCCGUGCCUGAAACCGUGACCGUUUUCCGUGUUGAGAAGUCUUUGGAAACGAAUGUGACUGCAACUGACCUUGUCGUGCAGUGGCAGCAGGUGGCACCAAAUACCGACGACAGGCUUUUCCUAAGGCUUUUACUGCAGCCAGUGAGUUCCAAGGUUGUGAAGGGAACGAAAACUGUUAGAGCCUCGGUUGUGGCCCUGUUUCUGGGAGGGGCUGGUGAGGUUGUGUCGAUUUUAGAGAAGGAGUUUCCGCUUCUUGGGUUGAAGAAGGAGGAUUGUACUGAGAUGAGUUGGAUUGAUUCUGUUCUGUGGUGGAACGAUGACGAGAGUUUGAAAAACGGUGGCAAACCAGAGACCCUAUUGGAUCGGAAUCUGAACUCUGCUGGUUUUCUGAAAAGAAAAUCUGAUUAUGUCCAGAAAGCCAUUUCAAGAAGCGGGUUGGAGUGGAUAUUUAAGAGGAUGAUUGAGCUGGGAAAAACUGGGUUCGUUUUCAAUCCUUAUGGAGGGAAAAUGGGAGAGAUUCCUUCUGACGCGACAGCCUUUCCUCACCGUAAGGGAAAUCUCUUCAAGAUUCAGUAUUCUGUGAACUGGGAUGAUCCUUCGCCUGGUGCGGCUCAGAAUUUCACGAAUGAGGCCAAGAGGCUGUACAGUUACAUGACUCCUUUUGUGUCUAAGAAUCCCAGAAGUGCUUUUCUGAAUUACAGAGACCUUGAUAUUGGAGUGAAUAACUUUGGCAAGAAUAGCUUUGAAGAAGGAGAGGUUUAUGGGAACAAGUACUUCAACGGCAAUUUUGAGAGGCUGGUGAACAUCAAGACCAAAGUGGAUCCUGAAAACUUUUUCAGGAAUGAACAGAGUGUGCCUGUACUUUCGAGCAAAGCAUAG